AUGACGGUAUACUACUGUCUUGCCUUCCUAUUAAUGAUUCACUUUCAGUCUUUCAAAGCGACGACCGAUUCUUGGCCCUCCAUUAAUAUUCAAGGCCUUGAUGGAUGUGAUGAGAUCAAUCACUACCGUAUGAUGGACAAGGAUAGGUUGAGGAAAGUGGGAUUACUAGAGUUUCAAUCCCGAGUUCACCGAGGUCGAGCCAGGCCGGACAUUUAUGAAUCCUAG